AUGCACGCCAAGAACGAAUGGGACUUCCAACUGCCAAAAUUCCCUCGUCCCUCGCCAGAGGCCCUCGCCAAUGCUGCUGAGGACCUCGAUCUCCGAGUGCUCCUGGGAGCAGUGCAACACGGGUGGACUGCACGACUUAUCUCGAACCAUCUAGACAGGUUUGAUCCGGAACGCCUGAGAGAGGCAUUCAAUAGCCCAGUGGAAGGGGUGCCCUCCAUGUUCUACUCUGUCUCGACGAACAAUGAAGCGAUUCUCUCCGGAAAGAAGCAGAUGAAGAAUGCUCCAGACGAAAGCAAAGACCCAGACCCGGAUUGGUUCACAAAAGGGGUGAAGAAUAAGCUCAUGCAGACGAUAAAUCUCACUCAACAAUACUAUCUCGCUAAAGCUGAUAAACUAAAGCGGCCUUCCCUGCGGCAGAAGCAAGUCGCUAGUCGGCGGAAUGCUGAGCCUCUUCUCGGUAUACCGUACUUUCUAGUCGGACAAUCACUUGCGUCUAGCCGCCUGCUCAAGAAAUUUCUGACGAAUCUCGCCAAGGGAAACAACCAGGGUUCCAAGCCUCUUGUGCUGGCUUUUGCUGGACCCAGCGGCCAUGGCAAGACGGAGCUUGCUAGACGCCUAGGAUACCUUCUCUCACUGGAGCUCGAGGUCGUCGACUGCACCACUGUCACCAGAGAAAUUGAGUUGUUUGGUCCCCGAGAUUACCGAGAUCGCAGAAACCUGAACAAGGUUGACUGUUCACAGACCAUUUUCAUUCUUGGUACAAAUGCGAUAAAUAGAGACAUCCAGGACUUUUGCAGCGAUAACCAGGCAAUAUUCAGCGAGGACCCAGAGCUCCAGGAUAAGGCAGCGAGGGAUUUAUCCAAGAUUAUCAAGGACGGCUUCCGAACGCGCUUUGAUGUGCGCGAGCCGGUCCGUCUGACCGCAGACACCGAUGAACAACUCCUAGGAGACGUCCAUUUACGGGUGCCGCGCGACGGCGCUGUCUGCCGCGCGCUCGCCGAAGCCAGCUACGACGCCCACCUCGGCGCACGCAGUCUUCAGUCCGCUGUCGAGCAGAUAGUACACCGUCUCAAGGUCGAGUAA